AAUAAAUAGUGGUCUGAAAUCGAGCAGAAUUCAGUUGCAAUUUUGCUGUAUUAUCGUCGUUAACGUUUUUCUAUAGAUUAGAACGUAUUACGGGAGAAUCGCAAGGAAAGAAAAAAGGGAAAUCGAUCGAUCGAUCAAUGGAUCGUAAUAUAACACAAACGACGUGGAAUUAAAUAGAAAAAGAAAAAGGAGAUAUAGAGUAUCUUUUAGAAUUGAUAACACAUGAGAGACUCGUUUAACGAAGGAAUAAUUAUCAGGAUUAGUAGAAUUGUUCUUACUAAAUCAUGCUGCUAGUGACCCUUUUUCUUUACUUACUUUAUCCCUUAACGAACGUCAAUUCAAAUAGGACGAUUUGGCCGAAAAAAGGCUUUAGCAUUUAUUGGAACAUUCCUACUCAUUUUUGCCACAACUUCGGCGUCUAUUUCAAGGAGUUGAAACAAUUUAAUAUCAAAUAUAAUUCUAUGAACAAUUUUCGCGGUGAAACGAUAUCACUUUUUUAUGAUCCUGGAAAUUUUCCAUCUAUGGUGCUACUUAAAAAUGGCACAUAUGAGAUAAGAAACGAAGGAGUUCCUCAAAAAGGUAACCUCACGAUUCAUCUUGAACAAUUUACCAAAGAAUUAGAUGAAAUAUAUCCAAAAAAGAUCGCCGGUGGUAUCGGUGUAAUUCAUUUUCAUAACUGGAGACCAAUCUUUCGACGCAACGUGGAUAAUUUGAAAAUAAAUAAGGAUAUUUCCAUAGAUCUUGUUCGUAAAGAACAUCCAAAAUGGGAUAAAUCGAUGAUCGAAAAGGAAGCGUCGAAUAGGUUCGAAACAUCUGCUAAAAUUUUUAUGGAAAAAACUUUGAAAUUGGCGAAGGAAAUUAGGAAGAAAACUGAAUGGGGUUAUCACGGGUAUCCCCACUGUCUUAGCGGGUCAACUGAUAAACCGAGCUUCGAUUGUGACGCUCUAUCGAUGAGCGAGAACGACAAGAUGUCGUGGCUGUUCAAUAAUCAAAAUGUACUUCUACCAUCCAUUUACUUAAAAAAUGUUCUGAAACCAGAUGAAAAAAUUCACCUAGUGCAAGAACGAUUGAAAGAAGCUAUAAGGAUCUCGAAAAAUUUAAAACAUUUACCUAAAGUCUUACCUUAUUGGUGGUACACGUAUCAGGAUAAAGAGAGUAUUUUUCUUACCGAGGCCGAUGUGAAAAAUACUUUCAAAGAAAUUCUUACUAAUGGUGCUGAUGGUAUCAUUAUAUGGGGUGUUUCGUACGAGUUAACCGAUAGAAAAAGAUGUGAAAAAUUGAAAGAGUAUCUGAUGAAGAUUUUAGGACCAAUUGCGUUUAAAGUGACAAAAGCUGUCAAAGAAAACACACCGUUAAACUUUUAGUACAAUCUAUAAUCUCUUGGUGUAAUCCGUGAUAGUGAUCGAUUUGUUCAAUGAUGUUCUUUCGAAGUACUAUUGAUACGGCAACGAUACUAUCAUAUUGAAAAGUCUUUUCACAAAUAAACAAACAAAAAAUUAUAAUUUACAAGUUCGCAACGUUAACAACCAAAGAAAGAAAAUAAUCAAUGAUCUAAUUAGUAGAAAUAAACAUAUACCAAAGAAUCUAAUUUCUUUGCAACCAAAACAAAUAAAUGCAUUUUUUUCGCGUUAGAAAGACAAUCCUUUAAAGUAAAGUUUCAAGUACAGUAAUAUUCUUCGUUACAAUAAAUCCGAAAAAAUCAAUUCAAAUUAAAAAGAAUUCUAGAAAGAGGAAGAAGAAAGACGGAAAUAAAAAGUACUAUGUUUGAGCGUAAAGUCAUUAGAAUUAUUUAACCAUUAAGGAGUUUGGAUCUUUGUGACAUUUCCUAUUCUCCAUUUUUGUUACCUUUUUCUUCUGCUUUUACUUCUCUUCUUCCUCUUUUCCAUCUUUCUCUUUUGUUCUGCUCGUGUCCAGGUAGCAAAUCGAACGAAGCUUACAGCAAACGUACUUUAGCACCAACAGACGACAAGUUUUACUGGUUCGAGCUGUAAGGUCUCAGAUGAUUUUUUUUUAAAGUACAUACGACUACAUCAAGUAAGUAAAGGUCUCUUUUGCUCAUGGACGAUCCACCUUUUUAUCUCUCUCUUUCUUUGUCCCUCCUUAAUUUUACCGACAAUCUCCAUCUUUCUCUGUUUUGUAACGAGAAUACCACGAGAACUCUGAUAGCAAAGGAAAGAAAAUAAGAAAAAGUAAAAAUGAUGGUUAUUAAAGUAACUAGUAAACAUGUACGUAAUUUUUAACUGCAAUUAAAAUAUAAAUUAUUUGCUAAAACUACGGAUAUCAUUUUUGUCUACGUAUUAUUAAAUAUCUUGUCUGUUAUCGAAACGUUAAAUUAUUUCUCUUAGGUUUGACAUCGUAAGAGAACGAAAUAGCCGGUAUAUUGUACGAGUAAAAAUUGAAAUGAUACGGUGAAGAAAAAAUUUUUAAGUUGUUUGUAAUAUCUGCAGAAAGUUAUGAUACAAAUGGCUGUCAAAGUGUUUCUAAUAUGCAAUAAAAGCCCGCAAAAAUUGAUGAAGAAACAA